CGGAUACGUAUUAACGAAAACAUUUGCGUGAAACAAAGCAGCUUUGACUUUUGGACAAGCUUCGUCUUUGACAACCUUCCCCACCAUAGCUCUUGAAUAAUCACGCGUAUCACACGUGCAAUGAGCUCAUAGAAGCACAUUCAGCCGCCCGUCCCAAGCGACGGGUGGCACUUCUUCUUUGCAUUCUCUGCUAGGCGUGCAAAGGCCAGACAACAAUGGAGCUGGAACUAUUUCGCCAGGACCUUAUACAGACCAGCACAUGCGCCACGGGGACGCUGGCGGUGCUACCGCUGACGGAGGAGAAGAAGACGCAGAAGGUUGCGGCCGGAGAUAUGUCAGGGGUAGUGCAGUGCUUCUCCGUAAAGAAGGGGGAGUUCAACGUGGCCUUCAAGACCCUGCCCUCGGCAGCCAACAAGGUGACAAGCCUGGUGCUUGGCAAGGGCAAGUCACAAAAGGACAAAAUCUUCGUGGCGGCUGGCAAUCAGAUCAAGGGCGUGAACAAGAAGGGCAAGGAGUUCUUUCGCUUCAACACGCAGCUCACGGAGACCAUUCGUCGUGUGGAUGUGUUUGAGAAGAACAUCUGGUCUGCUGGCGAGUACGUGCACAAUCACUUCAUCGAGGCAAAGGACAAGGCGCUAUACCUGUGCCCCGACCGCAUCAAUGACGCCGAGGUGGUGCCACUGGCGAACCCCGCCGAGCUGUGGCCGGUGCUGGCGUGUCAGGACCGCUACGUGCGUGUGCUGCGCGGCAGUGAGCCCGUGUACGAGGCGCCCACGCCCGCCGCCCCCGUGAGCCUGCAGUACGUGGUGGACAGCCACGACCCACAGCACCGCUUCCCCAACGCCAAGGAGGUGUUGUACGGCACUGACACGGGCACGCUGGUUCAGCUGCUGCUGGAGGCUGAGGCGGCACGGCAGGGCUUCACAUUGGCAAACCCCAAGAAGCAGGGCGCCGUGGCGGCCGUGUACAGCGGCAUCGACUUCACCAAGACGGGUCUGAACAACAUCGUGGUGGGGCGCGAGGACGGCGGCGUGGAGGUGCUGGACCUGGAGGAGGCCGGGCAGCUGAGGACAGUGUACAGCAUCAAGCUGACCGAGUCCAUCAACACCCUGGACGGCGGCUUCCUCACGGGGCUGCUGGCACAGGAGUUUGUGAUGCACACCUUCUCCGGCAAGGUGAUCAGCUACGCGCCGCCCGGCGGCGGCCUGCUGGUCUCCAACGCGGAGCAGCCCGCGCGCGGCCCCUUAGGCAUGCGCGCCAAGGCGCCCCCGCCGGCCGUGGCGGCGCCGGGCGCGGAGGAGGAGGAGCGGCGCGCCAGCUACUACAAGCAGAUAGACCGGCUGCGGGCGGAGAUAAGCACGUUGAAGCAGGAGAUCGAGGCGGAGCGGCAGCGCUUCCAGAUGAAGGGCGGCGACACGGCUAUGCUGGCCAUGUCCGCGCCCUUCACGGUGCAGGACAAAUGCAAGCUGGAGGCGGACGAGGCCUGCUACGUGCUCACCAUCGAGUCGGCCGUGCCCAUCUUCACCGUGGCCAUACAGUGCAACGCCGCGCUGCAGAUGCUGGACGUGCCCUCCAACGUGGCCAUCCUGUCCCGCUCGCCGCCCGAUGAGGCCAACGGCAACCUCACGCUGGCCACCUACCGGUGCCAGGACUCCACCAACCGGCUGGCUGUCAAGUUUAAGGUGCGCGAGGGCCGCUCCGCCGCCCUCAGCGCCUUCGUGCUGCCCGCCAUCAGCCCCAAAGCCUGCGUGGUGGUUCGCCACACCAUCCGGCCGCUGUGCCUGCACCAGCGCAUCGUGCAGAUGGACACCAGCAGGCCCACAAACGAGCUGCUCAUCACAGGCCAGUUCACGGGCGGCGACGCGCACACCUGGGUGACGGGCCUGCUGCCCGACAUCCCGCCCACGCUGCCGCCGGGUCAGGACGGCGCCAGCUACGUGUUCCAGAACACACUGCUGGGCACACAGCUGCUGUGCAGGUACCGCGGCGGUGAGGCGCGCUUCGUGAGCGACCUGGUUUCCACCCUGGGCAUCAUCCACGAGCACGUGAUGCGCGAGGCCACCAACGCCAAGCUGCGCGUCAACGUGUCCUUCAACCCCUCCGCCCAGUCGCUGCAGCACAGCGUGGCGCUGGUGUGGCCGCAGCUGGAGAAGCAGCGCACACUUAAGAAGACCUACAACAUGCUGGAGGGGCUGGCGGAGCUGAAGAUGCAGGACGGCGACAUCUCCUACCUCAGCCAGGACUACAAGUCGGUGCUGGACAGGGCCGACAAGAUCCGCCAGGAGUACAAGGAGCAGCCCCAGCACCUGGACCACCUGGUGGCGCUGAUCAAGGACCUGUACCUGGACUACUGCAAACUCACGGGCGUGGCCACACCCAAGCAGCGGCUGCCGGCUCUGGAGCAGCUGCUGAACGACACCUCCUCCACCCUGGAGCAGCUCAUGGAGUUCCUGCUGGGGCAGCGGUAGCGAUAGCUAGCGGCGGAGUGCGGGUGCGGGCGUGCGGGGUGGUGCGGGCGUGCGGCGUGGUCUGGGUGUGCCGUGUGGGCAAGGGUAUGUCAUUGUGUCGGUGGCGCGGCGGCGGUGAUAUGUUGAUGCGGCUACAUGGAUGCGGAUUACAAGUGAAGGGACAGUUCGACAAGCGGGGGCACGCCGUACCCACGCCGCGAGGGAUCAUCUUCGACCCACAUGCGGCUACAUGGCGGUGAUUCUGGCUUGCGCGUGUCUGCAGAGGGGUUUUAUGGCCGAGCCAAUCGUAUACAAUAUGCCCGGGGGGGCAGCAGUGACAGGACAUGUAAGGCGGCAAGUCAGGGGGGCUGAGGCGCUGGGCCCGCACCACAUCGGCACAUGGUCACAUCGUCUGCGGCGGAAUCGGCAGCGGGUCCAUGCAUGCGGCUGCAGGGGCACUGGACAUUAUGCUUUGCACGAGUGAGAACGUGGCUGGGUGUCCAUUCCACACCAGCAAGAAGCGAGUGC